AGAAGAAGAAGAAGAAGAAGAAGAAGAAGAAGAAGAAGCACGCCCAACAGCGCCCGAACCUGUGGCCGCAACCGCCAUCCCUGUCGUCUCCGUCCCUCUGCCUGCUCCUCCGCGAUCACCGGCCUGCCCUCCGCGAUGAGCAGCACAACCCACACAAGCAAGCGGCUGCCAGUCAGUUGCGAGCCCUGCCGCAAGCGUAA